AUGGGGUGCUUCACCUUUAUCAAGGUCAUGAUGAUCCUCUUCAACUUGGUCAUAUUCCUCAGUGGUGGGACCCUCCUGGGAGUUGGCAUCUGGGUCACAGUGGAUGGACAGUCGUUCCUGGAUAUAUUUGGGGCAAUCUCCUCCAGCAUCCUGCAGGUUGUGAAUGUGAGCUACUUCCUCAUUGCCAUCGGUGCCAUCCUGCUGGUGAUCGGCUUCCUCGGGUGCUAUGGCGCACAGAAGGAGAGCAAAUGCCUCCUGAUAAUGUUCUUUGCGGUGGUGCUGAUCAUCUUCAUUGCUGAAGUUGCUGCUGCCGUAGUGGCUCUGGUCUACACAAGUGUUGCAGGGUCGCUGCUGACGGCUGUGGUGACCCCUCUCCUGAAGGAUAAGUACGGGGUGGAUAACAGCUUCACACAUAUUUGGAAUGUCACCAUGACGGAGGUCCAUUGCUGUGGCCUGAAUAACUACACAGACUUCAACGACUCUGUCUGGUAUAAGAACCAUGGAACCUACCCGGAGCCCUGCUGCAAUAACACACAGCCCUGCACCUACGCGGCUGCCGCAGAAAGCAAAGUCACGGGUUGUUUCGACCAGAUCUUGACAGAAAUCAGGACCCAUGCAGGUGUGGUGGGUGGCGUGGCAGCUGGCAUCGCUGCCUUGGAGAUUGCAGCCAUGGUGGUUUCCAUGUACCUGUACUGCCACCUGGACCAGAAAUGA